AUGGCUUCCGAAGCACAACUCAUGCGCUACAAUCUAAGCUGGGAUCUUGGAGGGCAGACAGAAGAAACGGCAUUGAGUCCGCUUUAUCAAAUUGUAAGGAAGCUCAUUGAUGACAACAAAGGAUGUAUUUGCUUGAUCCAAGUUGGUGGAUUUUAUGAGUUGUAUUUUGAACAGGCUUCUACCAUUGGGCCCAAACUUGGUAUUAAAGUUGCAACUCGAAAGGCACUGAACAACGCCAUACCUAUGGCAGGGUUUCCGCUCCAUCAAUUACAGAAAUUUGUCAAAACCCUUGUACAUGACUUACAGAUGAAUGUCGCUAUCAUUGAUCAAUACGAUCACAUUCAAAGCGACACGGACCUUAAGCACAGGAAAAUAUCAAGAAUAGUCUCGCCCGGGACGUUGGUGGAUGAAUCUUUCAUGAACUUUUCGCAGAACAACUAUUUGGUAGCUAUUUCUCCUGGCUUCAAACCAGGAGCUCAUCCUGAUCCAGACAUGCCGGUUGGCUUACUGUGGGUAGAUAUUUCUGUGGGCGAAUUUUACGUUCAACAGACGACCUUGGGGGAGCUAGCCGACGAUCUAAAAAGAAUCAACCCUAGUGAAGUCAUUCUUCCCAAAGAAUUCCAUAUAUCGGAAACCAACUCCGAUCAUUUCUUGACAAUGGCGGAUUUGAAAAAAUAUUUUGUCCGAUAUCACAAAACCACCUAUAAAGAUUUUAAAAUGCAUAUACAGAAAGACGUUUUGUCGACAAGAAAAGUUCUUGAGGACUUCACAGUCCGCGAAGAGGCUGCCAUGAACAUAGUUCUCUCAUAUGUCAACGUGAAUUUGCCCGAAAGAAAGUUGGUCCUUGAACAACCUUCGAGGUAUCUCAAUAAGAAUUACUUGGCCAUGGACUCACGUACAAGAGAUGCUCUCGAACUAACUGGAAGAUCCACUUUUGGUUCUAUUUCUGUCGUUGGAUCUUUACUCAAUACCAUAAAAAGGACAAAAACUGCCUCGGGAUCGCGCCUUCUAUCUCAAUGGGUUUUACUGCCCAUUUUGGAUGAAAAGAAACUUGAAAGAAGACUAGACUUUGUCUCCCUAUUUAAAAACAAUGUCCAUUUGACUUUAGAAACAACGAAGCAGUUGAGUUUCAUAGGAGACUCUGUGCGGUCGCUACAAAAGCUAGCUCUCAAAACAGGAUCUGCGCUGACCCAUUUACAGAAUAUUGCCUUAGGACUCUCUCAGUUAGAGAAACUUAGAGAUUUGUUGAAAAAUACAUCACAGUCUCUUGAGACAAAGGAAUCCAUUCUUCUUAAAGAAUUUGUUGAAGAAUUCAAAAUACCAGCCGGGAUUUCCGACAAGAUAUUCAACACAUUAUUGAUAGAAGACAACAACAAUAUGAGCACAGAUGAAUUAUCUCAGAAUUCUGAAUUUCUUCCAAACUUGACACUGCAAGAAGUUGAACCGCAACAAAAGCCCUUGACUCACUCAUCAGAGUCAUCAGUUGUCUUCACGGUUAACAAAAACUACAACAAGACUUUAGCACGUCUUCAUGCAGAUCUCGAAAAAUUUCGACAACAAGAGUCCGAUAUCUUGAGUUUUAUACACUCAAUUUCUACACUAAUUGACCCGAGAGCAUCUGUGAGCCAUCGAGAGCAGUCUGGUAGGCAUUCUAAUGCUAUAUAUGUGAAGUGCAGAGCCAAGUUUAUUGAUGAGAUUGAGGCCCAAUUGAUAUCCGAAAUUGGUGCGGACAUCCGAGACAAGCAAAAAACUUGCAUUGUCAUGAAAACAGUCAAAUGGACGGAUACGGUCGAAAGAAAAACCGAAGUCAAUCGAGCAAUCCUUGAUCUCGAAAGAAAAAUCAUAGAAGAAGUUAGUCAGGAGGUGUUGACACAUAUUUCCACCAUCAGGGCAGCCAGUCGCUGUGCAGAUUUUGUGGAUGUUACAUCUUCCUUUGGUGCACUAUCAAGAGAGAAUUCUUGGGCUCGGCCCAGAUUUGCUUCCACAAAAAUACUUUCAGUGACGGAUGGAAGGCAUGCUGUUGUUGAAUCUAGUCUAAAAGAUAAUGGGAAAUCUUUUGUCGCAAAUGACACUAAGUUGGGAAGUGACGGCAAUUUGUGGAUCAUUUCAGGCCCGAACAUGGGCGGAAAGAGUACAUAUCUCAGACAAAAUGCUCUCAUUGUGAUUUUGGCGCAGAUUGGCUGUUUCGUACCAGCCAAAAGAGCCAAUGUAUGCAUUGUUGAUCGCUUGUUUACCCGAGUUGGUGCCUCUGAUGAUCUCUUUAGCGAUUUGAGUACAUUUAUGGUUGAAAUGAUUGAGACAAGCAAUAUUUUGAAAAAUGCCACAAGCCGCUCAUUGGCGAUUGUUGAUGAAAUAGGAAGGGGAACCAGUGGAAAAGAAGGGCUUGCCAUUGCGUACGCGACCCUUCUUCAUUUGUUGGAAGUUAACAAAUGUCGUACGUUGUUUGCGACGCAUUUUGGUCCCGAGCUCAAGAAUUUGUUGGAGAUUGACAAGAUCAAUCAAAGCAAGAUACGGUUCUACAAAACGCAGGUCUCGAGCUCUGGCGGAAAACAUAUAUUCAAACAUACUCUCGUGCCGGGAAUUAGUGAAAAGUCAUACGCGGUAGAAGUUGCUGAACUUGCGGGCUUUCCCAGGUCUGCACUCAAGCAUGCCGAAAGAGCGUUGUCUCUUCUCUGA